GAAUGGCGCUUAGCAGGACAAUAACGAGUUGCUAACGUCGAUUUACUUUGUUUUGUUUUUUCCUUUUGUUUGAGUUAAAGAUGAGUGGCAGGUGUCCUCGCUGCAACUGCGAGGCAACUGGACAGAAUCGUUUGGUCACCGACAGCUGCGGACAUAGUAAAUGCCGCCAGUGUUUGUUAAACGAUGUUGCCGACUGCUUAGAGUGCAAUGAGGCAACAAAUAACACCAUCGAAGUGCCUCAAGACACUGAAAUACCUGCAGUAGAGUCCCAGCUUUCCCACGAUGAGUCACCUGCUAGUCAUAUAACAGUCACAGAACAAGGCUAUCACUGCAGCGUGUGCAACAAAUCCUUUCGCAGUCGCACACAGCAAUAUUAUCACCGAGCCUGCGGCAAUGAGGCGCUUAAGCAAUUUGCUUGUACGUUAUGCGAUCGACGCUUUGCUACACGCUCGCAUCUUAAGUAUCAUCAGAAUAGUCACGAGAACAACGAACAGCACAGCUGUCCUGUUUGCCAUAAGAACUUUAAGCAACAGCUUGUCCUGCAGCGUCACAUGCGUGUCCAUAAGACUGAAACAUUCACUUGUCCGCAAUGCCAAAAGCAGUUCCGCAGCCAAAGCGCUCUUGUUACGCACAGUCAAGUGCACAGCGGGCAGAGCUUGCCUUACAAAUGUGAGGUUUGUGGCAAACACUAUUUGACCAAGGCGAAUUUAAAGCAACACCGAUUGAAGCAUGAUCAAAACAGCACGCGUUACGCUUGCUCCAUCUGCUCUAAAUCCUUUCUGCGCCAAACCACCCUCAGGCUGCAUCAGGCGCGGCACAGUCAACGCCCACGACAUUCGUGUCCACAAUGCUAUAAAACAUUCAACGAUCUGGAUGCGUUGGCGCGUCACAAGAAGCAGCAUGCCAUAACGCAUCGUUAUCGGUGCAUUGACUGCGAUGUGACCGUUAAUAGAAGGGACAACAUGAUACGCCACAUGCGGGCCAUGCAUCCCGGCGUGCCGUUUGAUGCAGGUGUCGAAAUCAUCUCCAACGAGUCGCUUAACCAGGAAGUUGAACCUCCAGUUGCAGCUGCAGAGGAAGCAACACACACACCGAACAUUCAACGCUACAAUAGCGUUAUCAUGAGCGUGGGCAAUGUGCAGCCAGUAGAUGUGGCUGCCUGGCUGCCACCAGAGCCGGAACCGGAGCCUGAGCCCGAAAUGCAGCAACAACAAUUCGUUCAGCAGCAACAACAAUUCAUUCAACAGCCACCAACUGUGCAAGAUGAAGUGCAAAAAGAGAAUGUGAAACUCUAUCGCAAAAUCAUUUUGGAUUUGGACAACGAAGAGUACUCCAAUGAGCUGAGCACUGUGAUGGAUCUGGAGCAUGAAAUAGCGCCCGAGCAUGUGCAUCAAGUAUCGAUGCAACAGCCGCCGUUGCAUCAACGUCUGCAUUGGCGCAAGAAUUACAAGAAUUUUUACGAAAACGAACACACAGAUUAA